GAAAAACCUUGAUUAUUCUGUUUAGACAUAUUGUACUGCUAUUAUUUUGAACAAUACUGUAUAUAAACGCCUAUGCGUUUUGUACUAGACUGAGACCAUGGCACUUGUAUACUGUUAUUCUCUUUUUGAUCUGAUUGCUUCUAUUGUUCUCAUUUGUAAGUCGCUUUGGAUAAAAGCAUCUGCUAAAUGAUUAAAAGUAAAUAGCAUACUCCAAAAAAAAAUUAUCCUUCUGUGUUAAUAUACAUAUUUAAUUCAUAGUAAUUCUGAAGAAAAUCACAUAUCCCACGUAUCCUCAUUGAAUAUUUGGAGUGAGAUCAUCUGUAUUUUACCUUUCCUUUAGUUAGACUGAUGUAAAAAAAAAAUGGUUCGGUGAGAAAACGGUUAUACAGCAAAGAGGCAGGGCCUAAGAUUUCUAAAAAGAAAACCAGUGCUUUUUUAUAGUAAAAGAGGAAGUGAGGAGAAUAGUCUGAACAAGUGCAGUGUGAGGUUAAAUGCAAAUAAAAAUCUUCUGGAGAGUGAAGGCAGAGUAGAUUCGUCUAGAGUCUCUACAAUGGCUGUGCAUGACUCCAAUUCCUUGUGCUUCUGGUGGAGAUUUACACUGGUUUUAAGUAUCUGCAAUGUAGUUUUUACUAUUAUACAUAAACGCUGCUUAACCAUCGAGGAACAUCUCCUCAGAGAAAUGCCCAAGACUCCAAACUGCUACCGUUAUCCAGGAAAGGGUCUUUACGCAGACUGCAAUAUCAUAAACCUGCGCACUGAUCUGUCAGAGGUAGGCCUUGGAGUUAGAUCCCUUUGUAUUGUCGGUGAUAUUUCAAGCAUUCCUGCUGAUGCCUUUUCACACUUACCUUCUUUGGAGGUCCUUCAGAUAGAUGGGGCAAGACUGAAGAGGGUUCAAUCUGGUGCCUUUUCAGGACUCCCCAAUCUGAAGCAUUUGUCAUUGUUUUUCAGUGAUGCAGUUUGUAGGUCUGUGACCAUGGACGCGCUCGCAUUCGCUGGUUUGUCUAAUUUGGAGGAGUUGACACUGAGAGGUCUUAAGUUAAUCAAUGUAUCCAGCAGUAUAUUUGAUCCUUUGGUUAGUGUAACCAGACUAGAUAUUAGCAGAACUUGUGCGCAGGACCUUAGUGAUAUUUUCUGUUACCUUCCGGAUGGAAUGUCCCAUCUGAAGAACCUGAGUGUGAAAGACAGUGGGAUUUCAACGAUUGAGACCAAAGGAUGUCCAGGGGGAUCCAAGACAUGGCCUGUGACUGUCCUCUCUGGGAUUCAAAACCUUUAUCUAAUAGGGAACAGUAUCACAAACAUUCAAGCUAACUCUCUAGUUGUGUUUCAGAACCUCUCCAGCCUUUUUUUGGAGUUCAAAGGCAAGUCGUUGGACAGUAUUUGGGAGUCUGGGAUUGGAAAAGUCAAUGAGCUGAGUUUGACAGGAACUGUAAUGAAAAAAUAUUCAACAAACUUCAAAGAUUUGUGUCAUCUGGUCACCCACCUUCAUAUUCAAUCCCUCAGCCUCAUUUUAACAUUAACAGACAGAUUGGUUGCAGAGGACUUAAAACAGUGUGGGACAACUUUGACAAAGUUAUUCAUCAAAAUAUCAGAAGUAGGCCACCUGGACUUUAGUUUCUGGACAGGUCAUAUAGGGUUUCAAGCACUGGAAAUGUCCUUUAUGAAAUUGACAGAUGUUCCAUUCUGUGUUGCUGUGAAUGGGACUGUCUGGUCCUUAACCUUGCUGAACCUCAACGGAAACUCGAUUUCACAAAUCGGCAGAGACCAGUUUGCUUGUAUGCCUCUUCUCGAGCAGCUCUUUCUCAGCUAUAAUACCAUAAGAACCCUACAGCUGCAUGCAUUUCGUGGUUUGCGUCACCUCAAAAUUCUCAAAAUCGAUUCGAAUAAGAUCUCACAGCUAACUGCAAUGGAUUUUAGAUAUCUUAAAGCUUUGGAGGUCCUGCAUAUCAAUAACAACCUCAUUGAGACCAUUGAGGACGGAACAUUUCAGGAUCAGCAGAAGCUUCGCGAGCUGACACUGGGUAAACUGGAGUAUAUUUACGAGUUGCAUCUAAAUAGGAUUUUUAACGUAUUCCCACCAAAAAUACAGCGACUGAGUAUUGACGCACAUUAUGGAACUACUUUCUACCUGGGACGAACAUCACAGCCUGAGGGAACGUUUGUUUUGGAGCUAAAUGGAGACAGACUGGAUUUUGCGGACUGUAAUACUACAGUCUUUACAGCAGUUAGAGAGCUGAACGUGGUUUGCACCCUUUUCCUAUGCAAGAAUGACUUCAUGGCACCUUAUUUCCCAAACCUGGAGUCUUUCGAGAUCUCAGGGGGAGCUGAACGAGCGCCUCUCAUUAACACUAAAAUCAGUACUCUGCACCGCCUCAAGCGUCUCAAGCUCAUCAACCUGAGCUUUUCUAACUAUACAGACUCUGGAAGGGUCUUCUGGAACCUAACAAGACUCCAGAUUCUAGUGCUGGUGAACUGCCGCCUGAGCUUCCUGACCGAGAGUAUGUUUAAAGACCUGUCGUCUCUGCAGCUGCUGCGCCUCUACAGCGACAGUCCUCUGGUCCUGAUUGAUGGCAUGUUCGAAGCUCUUCCAGCCCUGACAGCGUUCGUUCUUGAUAAAGUGGAUUUCCACUGCAGUUGUGAAAACGGCUGGAUUCUAGACUGGGCGGAAAGCACGGAAACGGUGCAGGUGAUCUACUUGCAGAUGCAGAAGUGUGUCUGGCGCUAUCAGAAACUCAACUUCUUGGCGACCAUGGAGAAGCUGUGUCAGACUGACGAGCAGUACAUCUGCUAUCUAGCCACAGCUGGAAGUGUUUGUCUUCUUCUGUCGGCAGCUGUUGGAUACCGCUUUGCACGCUGGCCUUCUGUAGUCCUCUUCUUCCACCUGAGAGGAUGGGUGGAGAGGAGGUUUGGUAGGCAGUGGCACAGGAGGAGGACACGUGUCGAGGGGGCUGAUGGGGAGAUAGAGGAGAUGCGGUACGAUGCCUUUGUGUCUUUCUGUACCCGUGAUGAGGCCUGGGUCAUGGGGGAGAUGGCUCCUCGGCUGGAGGGACAAGGGAACCCGAGACUGAGGCUGUGUUUGCACCACAGGGACUUUGAGGUGGGUAAAGAUAUCGUGGACAACAUCACUGAGAGUAUCUACAGCAGUCAGUGCACCGUUUGCCUGAUCAGUCGGCGGUAUCUGCGCAGUAACUGGUGCAGUCUGGAGAUGAAAGUGGCCACACACCGGCAGCUGGAAGAACAGAAACACCGUCUUAUCCUCAUCUUCCUCGAACACAUCUCUCCUUUUGAGCUUUCUGCUUUUCAUCGUUUGGUCAAACUGGUGAGAUCACGUACAUAUCUGGACUGGCCCGAGGAUGAAGGGGACAGAGUGCAUUUCUGGGAUCGUCUAAGGAGGAACAUUGCAGAGGAAGACUCGGAAGCUGCUUGAAACUACACCUGGUGCAGUCCUGCUUGAACACAAGGACAGCUGUCAAAGAGCAAUAGAAGACAAUCUGAUUACUUAUCUUAUCAUUUUCAAACAAUUCUUGUUACACUUAGAAAUGUUAUGAGUAUCAGUGUUAAUUCGUGAGAAUGGAGUAACUAGUUGAUCCCAUAUUUUCAUGCUUUUUAAAAUUGGUCUCUGUAUGAUAUUUAAUCCACAUUAUUAAACUUAAUUAUACCAAUUCAUAAAAUGAAUAAAUUGUACUCAGCACAUUUUUUUCUAAAACAAUGUUGGAACAUAAAUGUACAAUGUGCUACACCGAUUGCAUAUGUAAAACACUCAAACAUAAAAGCAAACAGCCCUCCAUUGGUGAUUCAUUUUUAAAAUACUAUCAGUUCCCACUAUGAAUGUUUAUUUAUAUCUUCAUUUCUACUCUACCGCUAACAUGUUUCAAUUCUUGAAGAUAGUUUUGUAGACAAACAGAAGUUAUAUGUUUGAAUUUCUUUACAAACUUAAAAUUCCUCCUCCUGUUACCUUCUGUUGAUGGGCUCUGUUUUACUGUAAUAUCUUAGCAAGAACAUAAUAAUAAUAAUAAUAAAAAUAAUGUAUAAGUUAUAUACCAUGCUGGUGUUUGUACAAACUACUGUAUUGAUAGCUUGCAAGAAUUUGGGUUUUGGAUGUAAAUCUGGCAAUGCAUUAAUAUGAAGCACUAGAGGGCGCUGUUACACAGAGGGGCUUAUUUUUUUUUCUCUCUCUCUCUCUCUCUCUCAUUCAUGGUCAAA